GGUCCUGGCGGGUCCUUCCUGCCCUGAGCCGCUCGGCCAGUCCCCCGACGUCAACCAACCACCGGAGAAAAAAACGGUAAAUCAACCCGAACUUCUCCUCCAGCCGACCGGGUCCGGGAGUUAUGAUGGGCGGUAGGACCAGUGCGAUAGCCGCGGGGGUGUGCGGCGCUCUGCUCGUCGGUUACUGCAUCUAUUUCGACAAGAAAAGACGGAGUGACCCCAACUUCAAGAACAGGCUGCGGGAACGGAGGAGAAAGCAGAAGGCAGCCAAAGAGAGGGCAGGCCUGGCAAAGCUCCCAGACCUGAAGGACGCUGAGGCGGUGCAGAAGUUCUUCCUGGAGGAGAUCCAGCUGGGGGAGGAGCUGCUGGCUCAGGGAGACUAUGAGAAAGGUGUGGACCACCUGACCAACGCCAUCGCGGUGUGCGGUCAGCCUCAGCAGCUGUUGCAGGUGCUGCAGCAGACUCUGCCUCCACCCGUCUUCCAGAUGCUGCUCACCAAACUGCCCAGCAUCAGCCAGCGUAUUGUGAGUGCACAGAGUCUGAGCGAAGACGAUAUAGAAUGAGAGGAUGCAGAGGAAACAGCCCCCCACCCCCCUCCUCUUCCUCACCCUCCUCCUCCUCAUGUGGACCCUUCCUCCCAUGACGACCUGCCAACGCCUCGGCCUUCAUCACUCCGGCCGACGUCCCUCACUUCCCAUCAAGGCGUCCAAAGGGAAUUAGUUUUUUAUUCCUGGUUUAUCCAUGACAGUAGUGUUUGUUUGUUUUGACUUAAAUGACCCGUUCUGGGGUGUAAAGAGGAUCUGGAUCACAACGUCCAGACAAAUACAAGAGCCCGUCCCCACUCCACCAUCAGUAGGUUUGUACUCAUGAGCUGGACUGGGUGUUAACAUGAAUCCUUCCUUCAGGGUGGUGUAGCUCACAUCCUGACAGCAUCAUGUACCAGGUUUACACUGUCUGACAUGUUUGUACCAACCAUCUUCAUGGUUAUCAUGAUAUCAGUCGUAGAAAGUGACACAAACAGGAAUCUUCUGUCUGCUCGAAGGCUUCACAAACUAUUUAUUGUUUUUGUUAUCAGUCGUCUUUCUGUUCGCUCUCCACUUGGAAACACUUUUUCAAAAGUGAUGAAAUGUUUUGUUCAUAAUAAAGAGGACGGCCCUCUUUAGGAAGAAAAUAAAAAAUGUGAACAAAUUAUAAA